GGGUUUUGCUGUUUCAGUGAUUUCAUAGAAGGAGUGACUUUUCGACAUCUACAUUCCUCAAGUGAACAAGCACCCCACUGAGAUUUCCUAUUUGAAACCUUUUGGACUGUCAAUCUUAACUUUUGGGAAAAAAAAGUAGAGAAAGAAAAAUGAAGAUGGGUAAACGUGAAUUGUGUCAUUAUCUCCAGAUUAUAGCUAUUUUCUUUUGUCUUUCUGGAAUAAGCCAAGCUGAGCUGUCAAUGUCUACUUCCAAACCCUACUUUCAACCUGGAAAAUCAAGAACAAAGCGCAGCUGGGUGUGGAAUCAGUUCUUUGUAUUGGAGGAAUAUACAGGUACAGAUCCACUGUAUGUUGGGAAGCUUCACUCGGAUAUGGAUAAAGGAGAUAGUUCCAUCAAAUAUGUCUUGUCAGGGGAAGGGGCAACUUCUAUCUUCAAUAUUGAUGAAAAUACUGGAGAUAUUCAUGCUUCGAAGAGGUUGGAUCGUGAGGAACAAGCAUACUACACGCUGCGGGCACAAGCUCUUGACAGAGCAACAAAUAAACCAGUGGAGCCUGAAUCAGAGUUUGUCAUUAAAGUACAAGAUAUAAAUGAUAAUGAGCCUAAAUUUUUGGAUGGUCCUUAUACAGCUGGUGUCCCUGAAAUGUCUCCUGUUGGAACCUCCGUGCUGCAGGUUACAGCAACAGAUGCGGAUGAUCCCACUUAUGGAAAUAGUGCUCGUGUGGUCUAUAGCAUUCUUCAGGGUCAGCCCUAUUUUUCCGUGGAGCCAAAGACAGGCAUCAUUCGAACAGCCUUACCUAACAUGGACAGAGAAGCCAAAGACCAGUAUCUUCUAGUAAUACAAGCAAAAGACAUGGUGGGGCAAAUGGGCGGACUGUCGGGAACAACAUCUGUUACAGUAACACUAACAGAUGUCAAUGACAACCCACCACGAUUCCCACGCAGAUCGGAUCAGUAUUCUGUUCCUGAAUCUUUACCAGUGGGGUCAUCUGUGGCCAAGAUCAAAGCAGUGGAUGCAGAUGUAGGGCCAAAUGCAGAAAUGGAAUAUAAGAUUAUGGAUGGAGAUGGACACGGUGUUUUCAAAAUAUCUGUUGACAAAGAUACUCAAGAAGGCAUUGUCACAAUUCAGAAAGAAUUAGAUUAUGAAUCAAAAACCAGCUAUACCUUAAGAAUAGAAGCAUCAAACAAGCAUGUGGACACUCGAUUUAUCAGUGCAGGACCCUUUGCAGAUACAACUACACUGAAGAUUAUUGUAGAAGAUGUUGAUGAGCCUCCUGUGUUUUCCUCACUUUUAUAUACCAUGGUGGAGUCUGAAGCAGCAAAGGUUGGCACUAGCAUUGGGACAGUAUCUGCACAUGACCCUGAUGCAUCAAACAGUCCUGUAAGAUACUCUAUAGAUCGCAAUACUGACCUUGAAAGGUUUUUCAACAUUGAUGCCAACACUGGAAUCAUUACUAUAGCAAAACCUUUGGACAGAGAGACCAAUGCUGUUCAUAAUAUCACUGUCCUGGCAAUAGAAAGCCACAAUCCAACACAGAUUGGAAAAGGAUCUGUUGCCAUAAGUAUACUUGAUAUCAACGACAAUGCUCCAGAAUUUGCAAUGGAAUACGAGACCAAUGUUUGUGAAAAUGCUUCCCCUGGUCAAGUAAUUCAGGUGAUAAGUGCAGUUGAUAAAGAUGACCCAUCGAGUGGCCAUUGGUUCUAUUUCAGUGUACCAGCAGAAACAAAUAACAUAAAUUUUACUUUGAAAGACAAUAAAGAUAAUACAGCUUCAGUUAUAACAAGAAGACAUGGGUUUCGGAGACAAGAACAGUCAAUAUAUUAUUUGCCAAUUGUCAUUGUGGACAGUGGAUCUCCUUCUCUUAGCAGUACAAAUACUCUGACUAUUAGAGUUUGUGAAUGUGAUGCAGAUGGUAUAGCUCAAACAUGUAAUGCAGAAGCAUACAUCCUACCAGCUGGGCUAAGCACUGGAGCUCUCAUAGCUAUAUUAGCCUGUGUCCUGACAUUGCUGGUGCUUGUACUUCUUAUUGUUACAAUGAGAAGACGAAAAAAGGAGCCUAUGAUUUUUGAUGAAGAAAGGGAUAUCAGAGAGAAUAUUGUGCGAUAUGAUGAUGAAGGCGGUGGUGAAGAAGACACAGAAGCAUUUGACAUGACUACUUUACGAAACCUCAAUAUUAUUCGAGACAACAAAUCAAGAAGAGAUGUAACUCCAGAAAUUCAAUUCUUAAGUAGACCUUCUAUGAGAAGUGUUCCAGAUAAUGUAAUCUUUCGAGAAUUUAUCUGGGAAAGACUAAAAGAAGCUGAUGUAGAUCCAUGUGCUCCUCCUUAUGACUCUCUACAGACCUAUGCCUUUGAAGGGAAUGGCUCGAUUGCAGAGUCACUUAGUUCAUUAGAAUCAGUGAGCACAAACUCUGAACAUAAUUAUGAUUAUUUGAGUGACUGGGGUCCUCGUUUCAAAAGGCUUGCAGACAUGUAUGGAACUAGUGAGGACAAGUUGUACUCAUAGCACUGGGAUAUAAACAUCUAAUGCACUAAAGAACAAAACAAAAAACUCAGUAAAGACUAUUAAAAUGUACAUGUGUUUUCAUUUUAGGAUUUUGAUUUUGUGAAACAUAUCCUCAUCAUUCUUAUCCUUGGGACAGCACUGACCAGGCACCUGUACAUUCUAUUUUUUGUUGUAAAAUAACUCUGUAACUUUAUGGCAACCAAUACUGAUAAUCCUUCAGAGCUAUCUGAUGUACCUAACCUAAUGUUAAACAAAAAUAGUUACAUAUAAUAUAAGGGAUGA